GUCGUCAAGGGGUUGCGCUCCACUAGCAGAGUGGCGAUCGCAGUAGGCACCGUGAAUUUGCUGUGCGCUCAACCGUGCGUCUAGUAGUGGUUCACUUCUGGUGUUGUCGACGCCGUUUGUGGACAUCGUGGCUGGUCGUAUAGUCCGUGAAGCCCCACAGUACCGACGUAGGCACGGUUAGGGAGUAGAGUAGAGGAAAAAUAAAAACCACAAGAAAACGGAAUUGGUGGCGGAUUUUUUUUUGUCGUGUUUCGAUUGAUGGUAGCCGAAGAUGGAACGCAGCUAGCAGCCGUGAACCGAAGAACCAGUUACCAGUGUCGCGUUUUCAUUUCGACGGCAGUUCCAUCGCGAAGGUUACACCGCGAGCAUCUUCGAACUGCAGUCACUGUGCUGUGGUUAUGUGUCUGUACGCUGCUGGUGGUUUAGUGUGUGCACAGAGGGGCAAUAAUGAGAAUGGAAAGUGUGGCCAAAGAACCGUUCCAAUAGUGUGACGAACGAACGGCGCAAAGAGACGCACCAGGACAAAAGCCGUACAAGUGCGUGGUAUACCGCAGCCAGUGAAAAACUAUCGCAUCUCUGUGGCGACGAAGGUGGAAGGAUUCAGCGGGAGUUGCUGGGUAUUCUGUUACCCUUCUGCAGAGCAUUGUGUGGCUCGAAAGACAGGCCCAGCGGCAAUGGUUCGAGCGAAGUGUUUCAUUCCAAACCGCUCAGCAGAACUGAUGCGUUGUCGGACAGUGUGAUAUUUUGCGAUUGAGUGCAAACAGUUUUCCAUUCCGUUGGAGGUUUUCCGAGGUUUGUGUAACCACCGUGUGUGUGUGUGUAAGCGCCGAGAGUGAAACCACGGGUGAAACCGUUUCACCCCAAAUCGCACUAGUAAUAGCAAUAGAAGUAGUAGUGUGGUAGUGUGGUAGUCGCGUGGUGGUAGCCAGGCCGUGGUAGUGUGCACGCGCGCGCACGCGCAAUAGUGAAUGUCUUCUGCAGCGACGGCAACGGGUGGUGGUCAGUGGAGGUCAGCGCGCUCACAAGCAACGGCCCAGCUCGCCGCAAUGGAUUUGCAGCACUAUGACGAAGACAUCUCCGCCAACGGGUACUACCGGCGGCUGCUGUCCGAUCAUUACAGCAUCCUCGAGACGGCCACGGUCGAGGGCUGGAUCGUGUGUGUCCCGCGCCACGGUUCGUUCGGCCCGCAGUGUCUGGUCGAUCAGGAGUUCGCGCUGGCGCACAUACUCGUGCCGAACGAGGAGCUGCCCGAGACGCACUUCUUCAACCUGAACUUUCUGCAGCUCAAGCUGGACGAGCGGGCGCUCGUGUUCGGGGACGUGCGCGUCCGCAUCCUGUUCGAGGAGAUCUUCUACCGGGACGGGCUGAAGUACAAGGUGUGGUGCGUCGAGCGGCCGCUGCACGACAUGAAGAAGUACGGCGUGUACGCGGAGGACGACCAGCUGUCGCUCGGGCGCUUCCUCGGCAUCGGCAGCCUGACCGCGGCGGUGGAGUUCAUCCGGACGGCGGCCAAGAAGAAGGACAUCUUCGGGCGGAUCGACGCGAAGGUGCAGCAGUUCGUGCGGGCGAACGGGGACUUUACCCGCUGGCGGUACGAGGAGCAGCAGGCCGGCGUGAAGAUGAUCUACGUGGAGUGCCUGGAGCUGAUACUGCAGAACCGCAAGCUGAAGGACCGGUGCCAGCGGGACAUGCUGCUGCGGGGGAACGUGAAGGUGGCGAUCGAGACGUACGUGAUGGACAAGCUGUACGAUCACGUGCGGAGCGUGAUCGACGUGUGCCGGGCGGAGCAGGCGGAAGCGUUCAACAAGACGGUGCGCAACCUGGGCGACGUGCACUGUGCCGAGUUCGAGAUUGCGCAGCGGUACGGCGAGCUGAUCCCGGUCGCGAAGAAGGAGCUGGUGCGGAUCGAUUACGCCCGCACGGUCAUCGACAAGAUCGGGUGUCUGCAGCGGGUGAUGGAGGUGCUGACCAAGGGGCAGCAGGAGCAGCAGCAGCAGCACGCGGUCACGACCGACCAUCUGGUGCCGCUGUUCAUCUUCCUCAUCCUGAAGUCGGGCCUGACGCACUGGAUCAUGACGAUCACGUUUCUGAAGGAGUUCCAGUUCAACAACGUGUUCCGGGAGCAGCGGAUCGAGACGGGCGAGCACGGGUUUCUCAUUGCCACGCUCGAGGCCGCCAUCGUUUACAUUAGCUGCGGCAGCAUUGCCCGCACCCAGCGGCUCGGCGUGCGGCUCGAUCGGGCGCGCGGACUGGCCGGCACGCCGCCCGACUCGGACAGCGACUCGACCGGCUCGGCGUCCACCGGCGACUGGGAGUUUCGCUGCGCGGACGACUUCCUCGACUAUCUGCUCGCGCUGAUGCGCAACGACGACGAGGUGCGCAUCGUGGAGCUGCUGCAGGACAUCACCAACAACCAGGCGCUGCUGUGCGGGGGGCCGACCGAGGCCGGCUACUACUACCUGCCGUCGAUCGACGACCAGAACCGGCAGGGCCAGGCGGCGAUCCAUCUGGCCGCCAUCCUCGGCAACGCGAAGCUGCUCACGCUCAUCCUCUCGCUGCAGCCGAACGUGAACGCGGUCGACGGGCGGAACUGGACCGCGCUGCACUACGCGGCAGCGAACGGGCACCAGAAUCUGCUCCUACUGCUGCUGCACGCCGGCAUCAACAUUAACAGCACCAGCAACGACGCCCACACAUCGCUCCAUUUGGCGUGUCUAAAUGGCCACAGCGGAUGCGUGAAGGCGCUGCUGUACUUUUCCGAGCACAUGCGCAUCUACGUCGACGUGAACGCGGCCACCGAGCUGGGCCACACGCCGCUCCACUAUGCGGCCAAGUGGGGCUUUCUCGACAUUGUCGAGACGCUGCUCGAGUACGCGGCCCAGGUCGACGUGACGAACAAGCUGGGCGCGACCCCGCUACGCUACGCGCACAACGUGCGCAUCGCGAAGCUGCUCGUGGACGCGCUGCGCGAUCAGCGCCGGUCCGCGAACGGGCGGCCGGGUCAGGCGAACUCAGGUAAGGCAGCAUCAGCAGCAGCGACGAUUGUGCCCCAACCGACAACGCUUUACUUCGCGGAGGACUUCAGCUACGCCGGCGACGGUCGGCCGGAGGAGGUGCGCGAGCAGCGCACGAUCGAGGAGAUGAAACGGAUCGAGAAAGCGCUGGAAGCCGUUGCCGCCCAGGACACGAAGCUUGCCUGCGUGUACCUGGGCCUGGACGAGGGCACCCCGGGCGAAACGAACCACCGAACCGCGGACCAGCCGCAACUGCUGUCCAACGGCGAGAAACUGUGCCACCCGCUGUGCACCUGCAACCGGUGCGUGCGUCGAUCGUCCGAGUUUUACAAUCUGCUGCGCCGCCCAUUCGCCGGACUGUCCGCCAAACCGACGGAGAACGAAGCCACGGCGCAACGGGUCGAUCUGAACGCCGUCAACGGGGAAGGCUACACGGCCUUGCACGUGGCGGCGAUGCACGGCAACGUGGAGAUGGUGCGCGUGCUGCUGGACCACAAGGUCAAUCCCACCAUUCGGCUCAAGUCCGGUGCGACCGCGCUGCACCUGGCGACGCGCGAACGGCGGCUGCGCAUCGUGCGGCUGCUGCUCGCGCGCUGCACCGCGGCGGCCGACAUCGUCGACCUGAAGGAUAGCCGGGGCGACACGCCACUGCACUACGCGGUGGAGCAGAACAACCUGCAGCUGGUGCAGAUGCUGCUGGAGGCGAAGGCCGACCGGAGCAUCCGCAAUCUGCAGGGCAAGCGGCCGAUCGACAUCGCGAAAAGCAGUCUCUACUUCAAUGUGGUCAAUUUACUCGAGCAGCGGUAGCGCACUGCGGGAGAGGGUGUUGUGAAUAUAGAGUGUAUGGGGCAGUUUGUAAAUAUUUCCAGUUUCUCUUUUGCUAUCGCUAGUGUUGAUUUACAACGUUAAUAAAAGCUAAACCUUGUUUGUUAA